AUGUCAAUGGGUUCAACUAAAGCGGCUACGCAGCCGAAUGAUACCGAGUCUCGAGGUUCAAUGGCUCCGCUACUACCAGGAUCAUUUCCUCAAGGAACGGAAUCUUCCCAGUCGUCAUCCUACGAGCCAGAAACCACACAACUUCCAGAGUCAGCGACCGAUCCUACGGCUGACAGCGGAAAGCCAUCCAAACGACCUUUCUGGAAAUUGGGCAAGAAAACAGACGAGGACAAGGCCAAGGAGAAAGGAAAGACUUCCAGUCUGUCAAAGUCUACUGCCACCCCCCACAUAGCCCCGGUUGGCGUUUUGAGGUCUGCUUCACCAUUGCGCUCGCCCGAACCAAGUCGCGGUUCGGUAUCGUCACAGCGUGGUCAGCCCUACGGCUCGCCUGGAUCCCCUGCACAUGCUGUCUACUCGUCAUCUCCAAGACUACAUUCACCUGCCUCCUCCCAGAUCUUUGAGAGAAACGUCCAGGAAGACGUCGUGCCACCUCAGGCGUCUCCGCAGAUUCCGUCUCAUAUCAUCACCGAGAAUCACAUUCCUCCUGCAUUGGACGCAUCGUCGGCUGCUAUCACAAAUGAGCGUCUCGAUCCGGACUCAGUGGAGAUUGUGACCCAUGCAAUGCAUCUGCCUGCCGUUAUCCCUGUCGGACCGUCUCUCGAGGCUUCAUUAACAUCCUUUGGUGAAGAUCAUGGCCUUCACCGGCCUGAAACCGCCGGCGAUGACACGGCCUCGAACUAUGGCACACUGGAUAACGCCGAUGUUCGCCGUCUCAGCUUCAUCUCCUUUGCAGAUGUUGUCCAUGCUGAGCAUGCUGAACAUGCAGAGCCGGGCGCCGUUGAUCACCACACGGGCCGAAAUUCUGUCCAUCUCGGCAACCCCUCUGGCAUUGUUCCAACGCUAGCGGCUCCACCCAGAUCUCCUUCGCCUGUCCACUCACCUCUUUCUUCGCCGGGACAUGGCACAUCCCCGCCUAGCAGCGUGUCACCGUCCUUCAAAGGAUUGGAUACUUCACCUGCAAAGGGACAUCGAGGCUCAGGAAGUUCCAUGCCAUCAUCAGCGCAAAGUCCACUGUUGAGUGGAGCGGGAGAAUUGAAUAUUGAGACGAUGAGGCAGGCGCUAAGGAAGACAGGCAGCGGCGAUUUAAGUGGAAUAAGAAGUCAGCCAUUGAGUGCAGUGGGGAACGACGAUGGAACGUUUGCGGAUCGACCGUUCAAGUGA